AUGGAAAAUCAAUAAAAAAAAAGGAUGUAAUAAAAUAAAUCUUUAAGUAUUCUAUAAGAUUUAAUGAAAUCUGACUUGAAUGCUCUAACUCAUAUUGACCUACAAUUAAAAAAUUGUACUCUUAGUAACGAAUAAGUUGCUUAACUUAACAAUUGUUUAGUAUAAUGCUAAAAAUUAGAAUCUUUAGUAUUAAAUCUUAAUAAGGAAAAUAUUUCAGAUGAUUAGAUAAAUUAAUUAUUUGCUAAAUAUCACUACAUAAAGGAUUUUGUUGAAACUGGUAAUAAUGUGAGCAAUGACUAAAAAUACACCCAAAUUUUGUUUUUCCUAAAUUAUUUUUAGAUUAUUCAUGAUUGUCAAGAACUUAGAUUAAAUGAUAUUGUAGCUUAAGGAGAUAUCCUAUUAGAAGAAACUAUGAGUAAUCUUAUUAAUCUCAACAGUUUAUAGCUAAAUUUAGAUGGAAAUUAAUUAGGAGAUUAAGGUUCGGUUUGGAUUUGUAAAGUAUUACAUAGAUGCAAAACACUUAAUAACUUAAAUCUGCAGCUUUGGAAAAAUAAAUUAGGUGACAGAGGGAUAUCGAGUAUUGCAGAAGGUAUUAGUAGUUGUACUAAACUCACGACUUUAACUUUAAAUGCAGUGUAAAUUUUGUUGAUUAAUGUUUAUAUAUUAAAAAAUUAUUUUUCAAUAUAUAGCUGUUCCAGCGUUUGA